AAUGGAGCAUGUUCAAGCUGUUAUUGAUCCUGGAAAGAAAUUUGCAAAAGAUUCAAUUCGACUAGUUAAAAAAUGCACAAAACCGGAUCGAAAAGAAUAUCAAAAAAUAGCAUUUGCUACAGCAAUUGGGUUUGCAAUUAUGGGAUUUAUUGGUUUUUUUGUAAAACUUAUACAUAUUCCAAUCAAUAAUAUUAUUGUUGGGGGAGGCUAA